AUGUUUAACCCUUACAGGUCCUCAGCUCAAAGCUCAAGCACCGCCCCAAACCUCCCAAUCACCUCAAAUAACCCAAUUACUCCAUCAACGGAUUCAAUCCCUAUUAGGUUCCCCGUGUCACCUGUUCUUGGUGCAUGCCUCAGCUUCCAUACCGUUCAGUCUGGUGAUUCCUGCAAGUACUCAUGUACUUCUUGCGACAAGGUCUUCUCCACCACUCAGGCCCUCGGAGGCCACCAGAACGCUCACCGCAAGGAGCGGAAUGCGUUGUUUGCUCGCGAGCAGCAGCGCUCUGCCGAAGAAAAUGACAGGGACAGAGAUGUCGUUUUGUCUCCAGACCCUGUAAGAUGGGCAUACCCAGCUGGUUAUUAUUACGUUGAUGCUGAAAUCAUGACCACCACCACAACCUCCGCCGUCAACACCAACAACAAGAUGUGUGAAUAUGAGUUCUUCCAUUUCAUGGGAAUGGCGGGGGAUUGUAAUCCAAAACAGGCUGGGUUCGGGUUUGGAUCGUCAUCCAGUGGCGGUCAUGGUGGUGCUUCUGGGUCUGGAACCAAGCGGCCUCCUGAAGGCGAUGGUGAUGGGGCUGACCAGAAGAAGAAGGCUAAGUACUAUGAGGAGGAUGAUGAUUUGAAGGUAGUGAUGCCUAGUAUGAACCUGAGCUUGGCAACAAGAUGUGGUGGUGAUGAUCUGAUUGAUGAGAUUGAGGGUUCUGAUUCUGAUUUAGAGUGGGAGGAUGGGGAGUACAUCUACUUUAAUCAAGGUGGUGGUGCAAGUACUUCCAAGACUGAAGAGCUGGACUUAAGUCUCAAACUCUAA